GCUGGACGGCCGUCGUCGUGGUGGGUAAGCGACCCUUCGUGCCUCGGACGACCCGCUCGACGAACGACCACGACUUCCUUUAAUUAUGGCUUGAAUUCGGUGUUUAAGAAUGGAAGAGAGGCGUGUGGCAGAGUACUUUGUGGUUGCUGGGCUUCCUGCCAACCCAACACCACUAAGAGAAUUUUCCUGCGACGGCGCAACUCUCAAGUCCACACACAGCCUUCCACCCAUCACAGACAUUGCCGUCAUCAACCGCUCUCUGGGCGAGGUCGUUCCAGAUGGAUACACAUGUAUUGAGACAACACCCACUGGUUUUGUCGCCAAUGUUAACCAUGGAGCUCUCCGUGCCUCGGAAAUAUUUCUCUGCUACAGAAGAGGGCGAGACAAACAACCUCUUGUCGAUGUCGGAGUUCUCUAUGAAGGUCGGGAAAGAGUCAUGGCUGACUCCCAGAUUGUGGAGUUCACGCCAAGUGGUCGAAGUGCAAACAUCAAUCCCUCAGGACAGACCACAUACAUGACAUACAGAAGAGCAAGUGAGCGCUCUGCCUGCAAUGAACUGGUCGUCUCAGACAUCUGUGUAAUCAUGACAAGCCGGGGGGAGCAGGCUCCUCACUCCUAUUGCACCAUAGACCGCAACCUCAAUAAGGGGACCAUGGUUGGGUCUGACAUCUAUGUCUGCUACAAGAAAUCGAUGCAUAGGUCCAACUAUAUUGCAUACAUGGCAGGGAUCCUGGACCACUACCCCAGCAACCACUACCCUGGGUUCCCCAUCCCCACAGACCUGGCCCUUUUUUGUCUACCCAUGGGGGCCACCCUAGAGUCAUGGCCAGCUAAGUCUGCUCAGCCACAGCCAAUCUUCUCUACCUUUGUUCUCACAGUCACAGCUGGGGGUGGAAACACAGAAGCUGUGGAGAAGGUGUAUGGAGCAGCUGUCUCCUUCUAUGAGAAGUACCCUCAUGAGCUCCUUACAGAUGAGCAGAGGGAGGCCCUCAAGCUGAAUGAGCACUUUGGGAGGAACAACAUAGUGCACACCAACAAGUGCAUCUGCAUCCUCUCACGGUGGCCGUUUUUUGAUACUUUUGAUAAGUUCUUAAGAUAUCUGCACACCAUGGCUAACACUGGACCACAUCAUGUACCCAUCGAGAGGUAUGUACACCAUUUUGUGGAGUGUGUUCCAUUUCCAAGUGCUCGAAAGCCAAGAAUACUCAUCCAGUUAGAUGCCAAAGAACGCAUCUCCCUUGCCCAGCCAGAGGAUUUGCCCAUUAAUCUCAGUGGAGCAAAGUUCCGUCAGCUGGUGAUGACUCUGCGUCCUGAAGGCUGUCUCCUUGUGCUCCUCUUUGCACUCACUGAACAGAAGAUUCUCUUGCACUCCCUCAGGCCAGAUGUGCUCACAGCUGUGGCAGAAGCUAUCACCAUGAUUAUCUUUCCAUUCCACUGGCAGUGCCCUUACAUCCCCCUGUGCCCCCUGGGUCUCUCUGAUUUCCUGAAUGCCCCCAUCCCUUUCCUCCUUGGCCUUGACUCGCGCUUCUUUGAUCUCUAUCACCCUCCAACCGAUGUAAUCUGCAUCGACUUGGAUACGGGAGCCAUGUCUGUACCAGACGACAAGAAGUUCCUCAUAACCAAACUCCUUCCUCGGCGUCCUGCGCGCACCCUGCGUGCCUCACUAGAAAGCCUCUGUGAGAAAAUCUACAAAUUUGAGAAAUUGCUCCAGAUGCAUCUGAAGGCUCAGAAGACAGAACCUGGCAUUGACACAGAUUUUAAGAUAAAAAGAAAAGAGCAACAACUGGAUGUGGAGAUUCAGGAGGCUUUUUUGCGCUUCACAGCAACCAUCCUGAAGGGUUAUAGCCACUACCUCCUGCCUAUAGUCUCCGCUAAAGCAGGGGCAGCAUGUGACACCUCCUCACUCUUUGACAUAGAUGCCUUUGUCAAAUCAAGAGAUAAGAACUAUCACAAAUUUUACCAGCUGAUGGUUAAUACCCAGAUGUUCAGCAAGUUCAUUGAAGAACGAUCUUUUGUGUCAGACAAGGAUGCCUCUCUAGCCUUCUUUGAUGACUGUGCAGAAAAGGUCUUAGAAGAUGACACCACCAUCAGACUGCUGGAGUUAGAGCCGGCCCAGAGUGAGCACACCCUGUUUCUCCCACCACCAGAGCCCAUCAGUCUCCCUGAGGGCAUGACCUAUUCAUACAAUGGAUUUCCCAAGUUAAAACCCGAGCUCUUUCCAUUGCUGGAACCAAAGCCAGUCCUUCCUCCCCAAGUUAAGCAGCCACAAGCCACCCCUGCCUCUCCUCUGGCCCGCCGCACAAAGCAUGAGGUCAAGUCGGCACAGAAACUUGCCUUAAGGCAUGCGCAGACACCCAUUUUAUGGGCCAAGUGUUUACUAUCUACGUGUUAUAGCCUUUGGUUCACGCAUCUCCCAGCCUUUGCAACAACACAGCACCAUAAGGCCAGAUUCCUGCAACUUGCCUUCAAGAUCCUAACCAACAUGCAGAAGCUCAACCUCUCACAGGCAGACGAGGUAAGCUACCGGGUAAUGAUGCAGCUGUGUGGGUUAUACUCACAGCCCAUCCUUGCUGUGAAGGUCCUGUGUGAGAUGAGGCAGCAUGGCAUCACACCCAACGCCAUCACCUACGGCUACUACAACAGGGCAGUCAUGGAGAGCAAGUGGACUCAUUCUAACCUCUUCUGGAAAAAACUCAGGAAUGUCGUCAUUGGUGUUGCAGCAUUCAAACGUUCAGGUCUAGAACGUUCGCAAAGAAGAAAAUCAUCAUUAUCUUUGGAUGAGGUGGACAAGUGCCUAACAGAUGCUGACAGUGCCUCAAGAGUGUCCUUGGAGAGCGGUGCCUCCCUUGACUCUCACCCCCCUGCACCUCAUACGAAGACCGACACCCUCAGCUCAGAUCCAGGCUACUGCUCUGUCAGUGAGACAAGUGAGAGUGUGAGUUCUCCCGGUGCGCCUCCAACAGCAGUGCCGGUCUUGAAAGACUCCGUUUCUGGGAGUGGUGUACCCCCUUCCUCCACAUCCUCCUCCUCCUUCUCCUUUCCUCCUGUCACAUGCCCCUCUCCCCUUCUAUGUAGCUCUGCUGCUACAACUACCACAAACACCUCAUCCUCCCCCUCUUCACCUCCUAUGUCCCUGCCCCUUCAGUCAGUCCCCACACCUUCCUCCUCAGCCCAGUCGGCCUUCCUUCCUUCCUCUUCUGCCACUGCUGCUAACUCAGAGUCCACUCAGCCCAAUGGCAAUGCUACAGCUGCCUGUGGCGAAUCACAUUCCAGUUUGUGCUCUCACUCAGUCCAUUCCACAUCAUCUUCCACAACAACAAGUACCACAACAACCUGCACCAGUGCCACUUCUGGUAUUCCCUCCACCACAGAGUCUUCGUACAUCUCACUAACUCCCUCCACCGUCUCCAUGGUGACGCCAUCCUUCUCGUCAUCAUCCUCAUCGUCAUCCCUGGCAACCAUCGCCCCAAUCCUGAGCACACUCAUUUGCCCGUCGCAGUCGUCCUCCUCGCCGUCCCACCUGGCACUGACAGGAACCCACACCUCCACCUUGAUGAGCCUUGACCCUGCCUCCUCCUCAUCCUUUACCACAACCUCCUCCAAUUCUGCCUCCUCCUCCUCCUUUUCCUCCUCCUGCGCCACUAGCCGAGCACUAGACUUCUCGGAGUCAGAUGCACUGAGGGCAAGACUGGGCAGCAUUGUGAGGUCCUCUGCAGCUGGUCUUGCCAGUGGGGCCGAUCUGCUUGUCAUUGAGUACAAUGUGGCGUUUCUUAAAUAUGGAGUACAAGCAAGACAUGCAGGAGUUACCAUGCAUGGCAUUGUGUAG